AUGGCACCUUCUUUUGCCAACAUUUUUAUGGGGGAUCUCGAAGAACGCAUCCUUUUGAGUGUGCCAUACAAACCUUUGUCAUGGCUCCGUUUUAUUGAUGAUAUUGACAUGAAAUGGAACGAUACUGCAGAACAUUUGCAAGAUUUCUUAGAUUAUUGUAAUCAGUUCCAUCACUCAAUUAAAUUUACAUCUGAAUUUUCAAGCGAGAAAAUUGCUUUUCUCGACACCACCACAUUUGUAAAAAACGGGGUCAUGACAACUGACCUCCACACAAAGAAAACUGAUAAACACCAGUUCCUUUCUCCAAAAAGUUGUCACCCGAAACACUGCUCCAGGAGUAUACCUUACAGUCAAGCCAUCAGACUAAAGCGAAUUUGCUCCUCUGAAUCCAAACUUAACUAUCGUUUGGGACAACUAAAAAAACAGCUGAAAUCAAGAGGAUAUAAAACCAAAAACAUCACAGACGCUUUUGAUAAAGCUAAAGAAAAAGAUCGAGCUAGCCUCAUGGAAUAUAAAAAUAAGGCGACCCGUGCAGAUAGAAUUCCGUUUGUUGUAACUUUCCAUCCCGAUUUGACAAAUAUUUCAUCUUCUAUCCGAAAGCACUGGAGUCUAAUCGAAAAUGACUCUUCCUUAAAAGAAAUUUUCCCAUCACCUCCUCUUAUUGCCUAUCGCAGACCCAAAAAUCUCAAAGACAUACUUGUCACAUCAAAAGUAAAGAAACAAGAAACUUCAAAAUUUGGGUGUUACAAACAAUGCGGUAGAAGGAACUGUAAGUGCUGUAAAGCCGCCAACACUGACCACUCUUUCAGCAGCACAGUAACAAAGCAGCGAUACAACAUCUGUGUUACAUCUAAUUGCAAAACGGAAAAUAGUAUUUAUAUUCUUACUUGUGGAACUUGCAAGCUGCAGUAUGUUGGUGAAACAGAAACCACAUUCAACAUCAGACUAAACAAUCAUCGGUCGUUCUAUACUAAAGGAAGAAACUGUCCAAUUACGAGACACCUCUUAAGAACAGGACAUACUUUUGAAAAUAUCACCUUUCAAAUAAUUGAGGUAAACCAAAAUUGGGACUCAGAAAUGAGAAAAAAGAGAGAAAGGUUCUGGAUGCAUCAGCUACGUACUCUUGAACCUGAUGGACUUAAUGAGAGGGAUGAAAAACAGUUCUACCCGAAACCAAAGGAAUAA